CGGUCUAUGUAGUACUCGGGAUUUUUUUCACAGUUGUUUCAAGUACUUCAUAGUUAGCCCACGUUUAAAUUUUGAUAUCACGCCAAUGUACAACGAUAAAAAAAUGUUUGGCUGCGGUCGAUAUAGUACGGGAACCCAUCCAAAAUUGUUUCAAUUCGAGGAAUGAAAAUUUUCAUGAAGCUGGUUGUGAUGAAAGAAAAAAACUAUGGUCGUCUACUCAUUGGAUUUUUUAUUGCUACUGGAAAUAAAAAGGAAAACUCCGAAGAAUAAGUGAUAGGUGUGAUAGAAAAUUGAUACUUAAAAUAGGAAUAGAACGUGGACAAUGGAAAAUCAAAGUUUGAUCGAUGUUGGCAUUUAAUCGCGUAAAAAAGUGCACCCUCAAACAAUAAACCAGAACAGUGAAAAAUAUCUACAGGAACCAACGUAAACCGAAAAAAACAAUCAUCAUGAGAUGCACAGGUUGUAUUAUUGUACUGGUUGGCUUGCUUAGCUGGACUUAUGUUGAAGGAACACCGUUAAAGGUACGAACAUGUCUUCAAUACGGGACAACGUCUACAACCAACACUAACAAUCAGCAGAAUCCAGAUAAUUCAGAUGAUUAUGACAGCUAUGACGAUCCCGCAGAUUCCACAGAUGAUGGACUUGUCGACAAAAAUACCUCUACUGUGGUAUCGUGUUCACGUUAUGCAACCUUUUGCUACGCCUUAUGGACAAUAGACGCAGUGAAGAACACAACCAAGGUUGUCGUUCAAGGCUGCUGGGAAGUCUCGGACAAAAAGGAAACGUGCAUCAACAAUGAGUGCAUCAGUUACAAGGAAACCAAAAGCGGCCACUUUUUCUGCUGCUGUUCAGGAGACAAUUGCAACGGGAACUUCAGCUAUGCUACGAACCCUAUGCUGACCGAUAGCGCCAAUUUGGCAACAGAUGGCGAUUACACACCGUUUGCACCGUACACUUCAAUCUGGAGUUCGCCAACGGUUUACAUAUGCUUUGCCAUGGUUGGGAUCAUUUUGAUGUUGAUCAUUGGCUUUCUGACGUGUCGGACUACGACAAAGGCUGUUUCGGAACUUGCGCCGUUGGCUCCAUCCGGACCGGGCUACAGCUCCAAUUUGUACAAUGUGGAUAAUUUGAAGCUUGUGUCUAUGAUUGGACAGGGAAAAUAUGGAACUGUAUGGAAAGGUAUCGUAAAUGAGCAGCACGUAGCAGUGAAGAUCUUUACUGCUCAGCAAAGGCAGUACUUCCUAAAUGAAAAGGAUAUCUACAGCAUACCUUUGAUGGAAUCACCAGCCUUGUUAAGCUAUUUUGGUUGUGACGAGCGUAGAACAAUGGACGACCGGAUUGAAUACCUGUUGGUGCUGUCAUUGGCCCCCUUGGGAUGUUUGCAAGACUGGUUAACCGAUAAUAGGAUGCCUUUUGGAGUAUUUUGUCGAAUGGGGAAGUCGGUCGCUAACGGACUUGCACAUCUACACACUGAAAUUCGCAAAGGAGAUAUAAUCAAACCAUGUGUAUGUCACCGUGAUCUCAACUCCAGGAACAUAUUAGUGAAGGCUGAUUUGUCAUGCUGCAUCUGCGAUUUGGGUUUUGCUCUGAAGACCUUUGGACCUCGUUAUGAAUGUCGCGGAGAGAUUGCUCUUGCUGAAACAAAAAGUAUCAACGAAGUUGGUACAUUACGGUACAUGGCACCAGAAGUGCUAGAAGGCGCGGUCAAUCUGAGAGAUUGUGAGUCUGCUCUGAAGCAAAUAGAUGUCUAUUCACUGGGAUUAGUGUUAUGGGAAUUGGCAACGAGAUGUGAAGAUUUUUACUCAGAUGAAACUGCUGUUCCAGAAUAUAAAGCUCCUUAUGAAGAGGAGAUCGGUACGAAUCCUAGCUUCGAACAAAUGCAGGUUCUGGUGUCCAGAAAUAAGACCAGACCAAGAUUCCCGAUAAACUAUGAGAAAAGCGUUGCCGCUAAAGUAAUAAAAGACACUUGCGAAGACUGCUGGGAUCAUGAUGCGGAAGCUCGUCUAACUGCACUAUGUGUUCAGGAACGAAUUCAGGAAAUCACCACAAUGAAUCCAAAAGCUCAGCUGCACAAAGGGCAAACUCCUCCACUUAGCACAAACAACUUGAUCAUCACAACACCUUCCGCACACAGUAAGAUCAGCCCAACAGCAGUAUCUUUUAUGACUCCUCCUAAUCAACAAAUCAUUCCACACACAAACCAUUAUAGUGAUACCAGUAACGGUUUAACAAAUUACCCUAAAACAAUGAAUGCAUCCGUGGAUGCUCGGCAAAAAAUUAUAACAAAUGGCCUACAAAGACUCAGCAUCAACGGUGCCUACAUACCAGAUGUUGAAGAUAAAUUCAAAUCUCUGACCAAUGAUCAUCCACCGGACGUAACGUUCAGCAAUCCUCGUGGCCUACCGAAACUAGACAACAGCGAAACUCAACGCAAAAUACGAGGUUUGAACAGCGUGAAAGCUAUGCUUCAAAAAACAUUUCACAAACCCCAGUCCAUGGCGCAGCAAGACUGCGACGAUAAAUCAAAUCUAGUCAUUAACUCCCUCACCUAUGCAGUAAACGUAAAAAAUUUCCCAUCCGAACUAGUCAAUACAAACUCAAAAAGUCACCAUAUUGAUAUGAUAAACUCAGCAGAUAAUGAUAUUGAAAAGCGUAUUAUCGAACGCCCUACCAAUCUUGAUCUUUCCUCUGGUAGCGGUCGUUAUGAGCAUAACCUUAUACGUUCCGCUAACGAGAGCUUCAAAUCCAAGAACUUUGCUGAUGACUUCACAAGCCAGUCGUUCACAAUGAUCCAAUCGAACUCUCCCAACCCCAAACUGCGCAUUGUGGUCUCCAAGUCGGCAAAUGCAGUGAAGAAUCUCAAUUCCAGCAGAACCAGCUUGAGUGAUCGCGGUCCAGAUGAUAGUAAGUUCAUGAAACGUCAGCGAUCAUUGGAAGUAUUUCACGAAGUUUUUGGACCGAAAGGCAGCAUCGAAAGAUUGCGCAAUCCGAGUCAAAGGGUGAAAACUCCAGGAGAUGUUCCCCCAUCGGUAAGGAAAGUUCGAGCAUCCAAAACGCUCUCACUGUAUGACGAUCGCAUGAUGGACACAAGUAAACUAGCCAACUCCGUAUAGCACGAGGAGGUGCUUCUGCUUGAACUGUGAAAAUGGUGGGCAGUGAGGACUUAAAAUCGCCUGGAAAAAUAUAGGGGCAAAUAACGUAAACAGGAGAAUCUCACAUGAGUCGAUAGUGAAUAAACAUUAUGUAGAUUUUGUUUGUCUUUUAUAUUCCUUGAAAACUUUGAACAAAAUAAAUUCUAAGAGUUAUAAACACGAUAUUUGUGUGGCUAGUCAUUAGGUUCGGAGUUAUUCCACUUAGGAAGUAAAAUACAAAAUCUCAACCUUCGUCACGUAGAGAAAAGACAAGAUCUCUGAGUUGAGCAUGGUAAUGUUGUAGAAUGAAGAAAAGGUGUAUGCAAUUUUACCCAAUGGAAAAGACUUACUCGUAGACAAGAAUUAGGAUAUCUUGAUAAAAACGCACUAUACUCUGACAGUGAGAACGUAUUGAACGAUAAUUAUUACUCGAAGAAAAUAAAACACUGAAGUAUUACACAGAAAA